AUCAAAAAUGACAUCGGCGUCGUCGCAAGAGGAGGACGGAAGCGAAGAAGAUGAACAUUUUAAGUCGAUAUUAUUAAUAAUCAUGUUUGGCGCACAAUUUGUUUGCUUCUUAAUCGCAUGGUUUUGGUUUUACCCGAGAGACGAACCACCAAACAAUCAAAUAAUGCAUAAGUUGGAAAAGGACACUGCAAAAUCUCGAAUAGCUGGAGGCACAGUUCGUCCGAUCAGCCGUCUCACUUCCCGAGAAAUCCGCUUUUUAGCUCAUCAUGACACGUGUCAUGAACGUGGCUUUGAGCUGACAGAAGACGAUAAAAAGUUGUUGAAACUGGCAAAAGAAGGGGAAAUCAAUCAUUUGAAGCAUGUAUCCAAGUUAUUCGAUGAUCUGACAAUGAAUUGUGGCAGUAUAAUUGUUAAGCGAGGCGCUUCGAUAGAAACUAAUUUUAAUAAUGAGACUAUGGAACAGUUCGACAAUGAUGAAACUGCUGGAAUUGAAUAUUUGGUACCGUUGAAACGAUCGAAGGAAGAAAAGGAAAAGAAAAAGAAGAGGAAGACGAAAGAAAGAAUGGAUGCCCUGGACGAACUGACACGUGUCACUUCAAACGAUCGAAUUCCUCUGUUGUCUCGAAUAGUUCACCACAACCAACCAUCACGAAAAACACUGAAGCCAGCCACAUCAACAAUCCGUGAACGAACACUUGAAACUCAGUCAACGAUGGAAGAUGAUAAAACACAAUUAAAAGUGAUCAGAAAACCAUCGUCUAGACCACACAAGAAGCCAUCCACAAUGGAGAGUGCUGUGAAAAAGAAGAAAUCGGCGGCAACGUUAAAAACUGUUCGUAAAACGACACGGGAUGAGCUGUCACUUGCAACAACGCUCGAGGAAACAACACGAAGCAAGAAAAAUCCGUUGUCAAAGGAACCCUGAUUUAAUAAAAAUUAUUUUAA